AUGGCGAGUGGCGGUGAAGUGAGGCUACAGUACGAGGAAGCGCCGGCGUCUUUCAAAUCCGUAGUGUGGAGACAUUUCGGUUUUGCCGUCGACUAUAACGCCGAGGAAGAAAAAACGGUAAACAAAAAAAUGACUGUCUGCAAGCAUUGUUUUACACGUGUAGCCUACUCAAGCGGUAACACUUCCAACAUGACUGCACAUCUGCGGCGCCAUCACCCAGCAAUAUCACUGUCUGAAGGCAGGAUAGCAGAGCAGGUAAUAAAGUCCUCCAAAAAACAACAGACCCUCUCUGAAUCCUUCCAGCAUACAUACCCAACUGGUUCCGAGAGACACAUAAAAAUAACAAAGGCAGUGGGGGUGUUCAUUGCGAAAGAUUUGCAGCCGUUUUCGGUGACUGGAGAUGCAGGCUUUUGUCAUCUUAUAAAAACUCUCGAUCCGCGCUACAGACUACCGUCUCGCACUUUUUUCAGCACCGAGAUAAUUCCCGAUCUCUAUGAAAAGACGUGCAACAGUAUUGUGCACGAAUUGGCUAAAGCACAGAGCCUUGGUCUGACCACGGAUGUACAUGACAUGUUGGAAAGAUACACAGAACAGCAGCCCGCCAUCUAUUCUGCCUUACUGGACAAAGAUCAGAAGCUGUCUGUCAAGAACGUAACCAUGUUGGAUGACAGUGAACAGAAACUUGCAGAAGAACUGAUUCAGGUCCUCACACCACUGAAAACAGUGACAACUCUCAUGAGCAGUGAAACAACCCCCACUAUAUCAAUGAUCCUUCCUCUGAAAGAGAUGAUUCUCAAAUCCAUGUCACCAGGAGACCAGGACAGUGCGACAGUCAAAGAAGUCAAAGCAGCCAUUAUAAAUGACCUGGCAAAGAGGUACACUGACCCCAAUCUUCAUGAUUACCUCCAAAUUGCCACAGCCCUUGACCCCAGGUUUAAAUCCCUGCCUUACCUUGAUGAAGACUCUCGCGAUAAGCUCUACAGGAAUAUCCAUGAAAUUCUGGAGCAUGAACAGCAGGGUCUAGUGCAGAAUCCUGUGCCCUUCACAGAUGAAGACAAUCCAUCCUCUCCUCCUCCCAAGAAGAAGACCGCAAUGUCAGAGGUAUUUGGGGAGCUUUUCAAAACUGAGGAACAGCAGGGUAAGCCAUUUCCCCAGAUCAUUGAGGAGGAAGUCACUACGUACAAGUUAGCAGACAGUAUUCAUGUGGAUGCUGAUCCAUUCAUAUGGUGGAAAACAAAUGAAUGCAAGUUCCCCCAUGUAGCAAAAGCUGCACAACAACACCUCUGUGUCCCAGGAACCUCUGUUGCGAGUGAGAGAAUUUUCUCCACUGCCGGGGACAUUGUAAGUGCAAAACGCUCUCGCCUUGCUGCAGAGAAUGUUGACAGGCUUAUCUUUUUACAGAAGAACCUCAAAAUUCAAGAAUAGAUAGCUGACCUAAGUCAAAUUGCACUUUACAUUCUGAAUAAAGGAAACUGUACUGGAGUACUG